AUGCGAGAACUUAGAGAACAAGCAGAGGAAGAGUGUAUACAAGGUUUAGAAGAAGAUGCAUACUUAUAUUCUCUGCGCAGUCGACAGGCAGUCGAUACAGAUUCAUUCUUAGCGCCGAUUUCAAACGUAUAUAACAUCGUCCAGUCAAAUGCAUCUUCACCAACUGUCACUUUUCGUCGUCAUCGGACAAGACAUCCUCCUAUAACAGAUACCAGAUCGUUUGUCUCUGUUCCGGAACCAAUUCCACCUCAAAAAGGUGGCAAUGUUGGGCGAAAGCCCAUUGUUUUGAGUGUCUUAGCUGAAGAUGCAAUCCGCUAUAUCUUCCAUAAAAUGCUUGAAGAAAAAAUAUAUCCAACAAUUGCGACGCUUCUAGCUCGUUUGCUUGCUGAAUAUUCCGAUUUCCCAAUUCGAACAGAAUCUACUCUUCUGAAGAAGAUGAAAGAAAUUGGUUUUCAAUAUCGAAAAACAGCAACAGUCAGAAUAGCUCUUGAUUCGAUCACGUUUAUGUCUCAGAGAGCCACAUAUUUUCAAAGUAUCGAUGAUCUUCGCUCUGAUAACGCGCAAAUUUACUACUAUGAUGAGACCUGGUCCAAUGUCGGUGACGAAAAGCGUUCUAUCUGGUUGAGUGAUCGUGGGGAGGGUCGUUUACGGAAGAAUGAUGGCAAAGGAAAACGUUUAGCGAUCUCGGCGAUGAUCAAUAACCAUGCUAUCGAUAUAGACACAAUUGAUACAUUUGUAUGUGAUGAAGAUCAUACAAUGAACAGCAGUCAUUUUAUUGAAUGGCUUCGAAAGGCAGCCGAACAUUUACGACGAAAGUAUUGCAACUCAACUCGAAUCUGUAUCGUUUUGGAUAAUGCGCGCUGGCAUAACGAGCUGUGUGAUGAUGCGAAACCACCAAAGCGAUCUUGGAGGAAAAGUGAGAUCGAGCAGUGGCUCCGAAAAAGAAAAAUUAAAUAUGAAAUCUGUCAGAAGAAAGCUCAAUUGUUCGAAUUAGCUAUUGCUAAUGCUCCGCCUAAGAAAUUCAAAGCCGAUGUGGUAGCAGCCAAAUUCAAUGUACAAUUGCUUCGUCUACCUGUUAAGCAUUCCAUGCUGAACCCAGUCGAAUUGUUAUGGGCACAAUUGAAGGAGCAUAUUCGAAAAAACAAUACAUCUUUCCGUCUAUCAGAUAUUAAAUCGUUAACGAUUGAUUUUCUCAAUUCAUUCACAUCCGAUUCUUGUGGAAAACUCAUUCAGCAUGUACGUGGUGUAGAAGAAACUUUUCGUGCAGCUGAUGAACUCGUCGAGGAACAGCUCGAACCAAGUCUCAUUGAUUCCGACUCAGAUGGCGAACGGGACACAAAUGAAAAUCUCGAAGAUACAGACGAUGAUGAUAUGUAA